GCUUUGAUCGCUCUCCGGUGCAGAGCCUUUAGCGCCACAUCCCUCCACGUCCUCCACCUCCAGGACUGCAAGACAUUGGGUUCUGGAGUACGGUGCCCGGACGAAGAAUACAGUUCUGGCGAAAGAUACUGUAUUUGGGCAGCGCUCAUCACUGCUGUCCAGAGUGUUCGGAUGGAUGUCGGACCUAUGUACGAAGUGAGCUUAUUAGGGGCGUUGCUGCUGCGUUGCCGAUGUCCGGACGGACGGACGACUCGGACGAUUGACGACCACUUCAAAUGGGGACUGCUGGACGCGUCGACUUGCAAGUUCCAAACAUCGCAGCGCCAUCACAUCCAAACAUGGUCAAGCGAAAGCGAACCAACAAACUGCGAAAGAACAAACCCCACAACCGCAGUGGCUGGGACCGCAUGGCGGUCUGCGGGGACGAUGGUCCUCGCCCUAGUAGGCCCCCACGCCCGACAGGGAAGAAGCGCUGGCGGGGGCGGGCCAAGAAACGCGCCGCCGCCGCUACGGCAACUGCGAGUGUUGCUUCCCCUGGGCAGAACCCUGGUGUCAGCACUCCCGGCACCCGAACGUUCACUGCCCCUGAGACUGCCUCUGCAGGUCUCAGCACCACUGCACCCUCAACUACCUCGGCCGCAACCACCGUAACGACCGCUUACGCGGAUCCCAACAUAAGCAGAGAUAGUUCGCAAGUCGCUACACCAGGAAUGAGCAUGCACGGGGGGCCGGUCGGAAAUGUCAUGCUUCGCAACCACAAAAGCCCAGUGGCGGGACUCCGGCGAGGAACUACUGAUUGCCCUUGAGAAGGAUGGGAGUGAGGACGAUAGUGCUAGCUUAGAUUUGUUUUUUGUGGCCCGGCAAGUUUUUCGUCGUCUCAUGCCAUCUGUUGGAGACCUACCUCUCGAACAUCGAAUGGGAGCCAAAUGUGAAGCUUUGUAGUGCCCAGAUUCUCGGCAUGGGUGGACGCUGCGACUGCGUUUUGGGUCGCCAUUUUUCUUGUACAUUUAAGAGUUAAUUCAUGCGUAGCCUUUCUAU